AUGCAUUUCCUAUAUGUCCACUAUGCUUUUCUUCCUUUUACAGAUGCUUUUAAAGCAAAAUGAAGGGCUUCUUGGUGCAGAGGUGAUGAUCCAGAAUUAAGAGAAAAAGUUACCCAUGAAAUAGGAUUUAUAAAUGACCAUAAAAUGAGACUUUUGGAUAAAUAUUUGGAUGAAGGAAAUAAGUCAAAUAUAGGGAUACUCAUCUUAGAUAAUUACAUAAUUUUGCCUGGGGCAAAGAAAUUUUCUUUUUAA